AUGUCUAUUCGCAAACUCUCGACAGGCGUCUUCGCCUUGUCGACGCUGAUACAACAUGCUGUUGCUGUUCCUUCAGGUCCUGUCGUCUCUCUCAGGUUUCCUGAGGUGGUAGAAGCAGGUGGUAUGCACAAUAUUCACGUCGACUAUCAUUCAUCUCAUGACGGAGAGUUCACAAUUGUUUACGGCGACUGCAGCAUCAAGUCUACUGAAGAUGCUCAUCAUGUUCUCGGAAGCACUCAUAUUGGAAACCACAAUUUGGCAAAGCGUCAUCUGAACUGGCACGAACAGAGACCAACCCGUUUCGUCUGGCUGGCUCCUGAGGAUAUGUCUAGUGAUGGCUGCCUCCAUGCUUUCUCUGGGGAUGUUCUGCUGGGAAGAUCUGCCCCUGUCAGUGUUGGCCGCAGAAACAACAAGAGACAUCUCGCUGCCUCGGAAAUCAUGGAUGCUAUGGGGCCUUGGUUCGAUGGUGUCACAUAUCUCAAGGAAAAGGAGCCCGAGUCAGUGUUCGUUGCUCAAACCAAGAGCAAGUCUGUCGGCAUUCUAGGUGGUGGUAUGUCGGGCCUGAUGACGGCGCACAUUCUAGACUCUGUUGGUUUCCAUGACUGGCAGAUCAUCGAGGCUUCAUCGCGUAUCGGAGGUCGUGUGCAUACAUCUUACCUCAACGCUACCAAGCCUGACCAAUACCAAUACCAGGAGAUGGGUCCUAUGCGUUUCCCCGUCAGCCUUUCUAUGGACAAUGAGACCAUUGAGAUCAACGAUCAUAAGAUGGUCUUCCAGCUUGCCGACGAAUUAAACAAACAAAACCAACAUGACCCUGCCUAUGAAGUCAAGUUUAUUCCAUGGAUUCAGAGUGCUCUUAACGAUCCUUCCAGCACGACCAAGAGAAAGUCUGAUGGUACUGUUCCUGGCGUUGCGGAGGUUAAGGAGAAUCCAUCUCUCGCAGUCAACACCACUGCUACCUACAGCAAUGCAACUGCUGUAACUGAAGCAACCGAAGAGUAUGAGAAUUGGCUCGGCAUGGAUACCGAGAAGACUCGUCUUUACGCAACCAAUGUCUUCAAGGCACACAAGCAAGCCGUUGCCGAAGGCUUCCUGGACUUCUCUGAAUCUGGCUAUCUUCGUUACAAGAUGGGCCAGGACAACAACAUUACCGAUCAGAUCGACUCUGUGGCCGAUAACCUUCCAGCAUGGCCUUAUGAGGACGUGUACUUUGAAGCAACAGAAUGGCGCACAAUUGACCAAGGUCUGAGUCGUCUGCCUGCAGCCUUCGGUCCUCAAGUCCUGAACCGCACUCGCUUCCAAACUGCUGUACAGGCCAUGACCUGGAACGAGACUUCAGAGAAGAUGUCCGUCCACUCCCGUCCUGGAAAUCCCUUCGACAUGGAGACCGAGACCAUCGAUUUCGACUACACAAUUGUCGCAGUGCCAUUCUCAAAGGUUAGACUCUGGCGUCUGCCUGACUACUCAAGCCUACUCAGUCGCGCAAUCUCCAGACUAAACUACUCUCCCGCCUGUAAAGUUGCUCUUCACUACAAGACACGCUUCUGGGAACACCUACCUCGCCCUAUCAUCGGCGGCUGCGGAUCAGGCGGCGGCAUUGCAGGAAUCGGAAGUGUAUGCUACCCGUCCUACCAGCUCAACAGCAGCGGACCAGGCGUGAUUCUCGCCUCCUACCUCAGCGGCGACAUGGCCAAAUCACUCGGCGCCAUGACUGAAGAAGACCACGUCGCCUACGUCCAACGCGCCAUGAUCGAGAUCCACGGGCCCAUCGCAGCUGAACAAUACACCGGUGCCUACGACAGAAAGUGCUGGCUAAACGACGAAUACCAAGCCGGUGCUUGGGCCUCUCCCACCGCGUUACAGCAGGAUUUGUACUUGCCUGCGUAUUUCCAGACGGAAAAGCAUACGGUGUUUGUGGGUGAGCAUACGAGUUACACGCAUGCGUGGAUUUUCAGUGCGUUGGAGAGUGCGGUGAGAGGAACUACGCAGUUGCUCUUGGAUAUGGGGCUUGUAGAUGAGGCUAAGCAGGUUACUGAAUUUUGGAUGGCGAGGUGGAUUAGCAUGUAG